CCAUGGCCCCUGAUGACACGCUAAAUAGUGAAUUUGGUCAGCGGAAUCAGCCGUACUGAAGCAGGGAGACUUCUAAAACACGCCGGACACCCCUAGUUUAGCUCAAAGCGUAUCCAUGAUUCAGACCGGCCUAGUCAAAGUCCUUACCUAAACCAUACCGGGGCAAGACUGCAACACCGACAUCCACACAGACUAUCAUUUGCAAAAUAAGGUGAAAAUGUUCAAGGGGUGUGAAUACUUUUGCAAAGCGCUGCACAAAGAUUAUAAGAUCGGUUAAAAACAACACCUCCAAGCUGCAUCACACAGAAACAUCACCAUCAUCGGGACACAUGACCAGGAGGAGGGUGGGUGUGGAAACAAUUGAAGUUCUCCAAGACGUUGUUUUUUUUUUUGUGUGUUUUUUCUCUCUUAAGUACUAUUUUAGCACCGACAUAUUGGAUGCAACAUAAAAGUAUAAUUUAAGCGGUAUAACUGUGCAAUAGCAGGGGCCGUGUCUGCAGGAGUUGGGCCUGCAGACUAGUCUGCCUGUUUUAAACCACAUUUACAUUUAGCUGCUCAGCUCCAAGCAGCUAAAUGUCAGCUGAGAACGUGUGGACACCUAAAAAUAAUAAUAAAUAAAAAAUAAAAAAAGAGCCGUGGAGCUCACAGCUGCCCUACGCUCCCGUCUCUUUGUCUGGGUUUUUUGGGGGAAACUACAGCGUCCGUCGCUUGAAAAGCUCGACCGAACCAAACUAAACUUUGCCUCCACGGGACUUUUCUCUCCCCCCCCUCCGGACAUGUCGUCCUGGCCGCCCCGGGGAGCAGCAGCUCCGGACUCGGGCCGACGAGUCGUGGGGGGAGAGAGAAGCGAGGACUAGUUCGCCCUCCGGAGCCUCCCGGCCCCAGACACACAUUCUCAGACAGUUUUCUUAAAACAUUUCCAGACAAAAGGGAAACAAAAAUGGCAGCCUUAUUUUUAUAAGGCGGGACGCCAUAUUCUGCAGACCCUAAUUUCUCUCUCUCUCUCUUUUUUUUUAGGAACGUGUACCACAAGAAGGUGCUGCAGAUUUUUUUUCUCCCCCCCUUUAAAAAACGGAGCAGGACACAAAGGUGUGUUUAUGGCGUCAAAGGCGUGAAUGAUUGUUUACUGCGAAUUGCAGGUUUGAAUAGCCCGGCCUGCCCACCUCUAAAAAAAAAAAGCCCUGACACUUCCUACAACAACCAUGCCCUGCACAAAAAAAAAAAAAAAAAAAAAAAAAAAAACAGCACGGAAACGGACAAGCUGGACUCAUCACGCCGUUUUCAAACAGCACGUCGAUGCCUUUAAGGUUGUUCCACUGAUACUUGCCUUCGUGUUCACCAGAACUGGUGCGGUUGAGGUGGGAGCGCAGGUCCACAGUUCGUGUUCAAGUAUAUGCCAACCUGGGUUUUAUAACGCUCGGCCAUGUGGAAAUGGAACAUAUUUGUGUAAACCGUGCGAUAAAGGAUCAUUUACAGCGAUCCCCAACCUUAUAGUUGAAUGUUUGAGGUGCGGCCAUUGUGAUCAUGGUUCUGACAUUAAAGAACCAUGCACAACUAGAAGUGAUGUGGUGUGCAACUGUUCAAAUGGACAUUAUUUAAACCAUGGCCGGUGUGAGAAAUGCUCCACUGCAUUUGAUGUCGAUGUUGAAGAUUAUUGGGUGAUGUGCCGGCCGUGCCAAAGACCUGGGUGUAUGGAAAACCCGGAAUGCAAGAAAAAAUGUCCCCCUACCACCAAACGGCCUGACACAACUCAAUCUGAAGCUCCAACGACACAUUCAGUGACUGUGAAAACUGUAACGACCGCUUCAACUGCAAGUCCAGAAUCCCAAACAGGAAGAACAACUCACUCUAACCGAGAGAAAACAAGUAAUCCUGAAGUGCAGAAAGUGUCAACCACGGAUAAGAUCUUCAUCUGGCUUUCUUUUGUGGUGGCUGUUGUCGCAUUUCUGCUGCUCUUUUGUUUUAUGCUACUCUUCAGCAAGAACCAGCACAGAAAUGAUGAAGUUUUUCCAUGCUGGACCACAAAAAAAGAUUUGGAAAGACAACCUGGAUUCAAAGAGCAACGCAGUCAUCACUGUAGCAGCCCGACCACGCUGACAUUUGCUAUUUCUGAGGAAACUCCCAUGAUGUCUCUAUGUCAGGACUCAUCUGCUCACAUCAAAGGCUUCGCGCAGCGGGGUGUUCACACAGAUGCCAGACGAUACGAGCACUGUGACCGCUGGCCCGCCAUCGUGCUCUACGAGAUCAUCAAGGAAGUGCCGCUGCGUAGAUGGAAGGAGUUCCUGCGACUGCUCUCCGUGCCCGACCAGCAGAUGGAGCGAGUGGAGCUGGAGACCGGCCUGGGCUCCUUAGAGAAGCAGUACCAGAUGCUGAGGCUGUGGAGCCAGCGCUCCUCGGCGAGCCUCGCUGACGUUUACGCCUCCCUGCAACACAUGGACUUAUCGGGCUGCGCCCAGCAGCUGCAGGAGAGCCUGGAGAGGCUGCAGUGGAGACCCGAAACAAAGCAGGGCCUCACCGUCUGAAGAAGCUCCCGAGGCUGCCGCUUCAGAUACGAGUGCAAAGCCAUCUGUAAUACAGAUGGGAUGAGGGGACACCAGUUUCUGUGUGUGGGCCUGGGUGUUCUCACAAACAUUGGCAGCUAAAGUUGAACUUGACACAUACCCACAGACUACCUGAGCGAUGUCUUCAUUUUUCUUGAAGUAGGGGAACUGGUUAGCAUCCGGGAGUGCAGCUACCUGAACAUACUGGACGUGGAUUUGGUCCAGAGCGGAGUCGGUCUGUGACUGGAUGAGGAAGGGUUUUCGUCAUGUGGUCUAACGCAACGAGAGUGGCAAUUUUCAGAAGCACUUUCUGUUUCUUCAAGUCUAUAUUGUGUACUCCAGUAAUCUACUGAGGGUUGUGAUUUUUUUUUUUUUUUUUUUUACACAUGAGUAAGGGAAAUGCCCCUCUGUCAACUGUAACCUUCAGUGUUGAAGCCUUCACACAAACACACCGCUCUACCUCCUUUUUUCUCUCAUGUGGGCAUCAUUUAUAGUCCAACAGCAGAGAGUUGUGGUUUUACAGCAGCGCGUUGACGUUCGAGUAUGAGUAAGACUCGCAUCAUGCUUGAAGAGUUCGCUAAGAGGAUGUGUACUGGGUUAGUUUAGCUGCAGGAGCUGACCUCCUGGUUUAUCGUUUUGUACUUGUGUAAGUAAAAUAAAGACCUCGCCCGUCUUAUUAUUUAUGUACAUCUGUGAUGUUUGAGCCACGUGGCUUGCCGGUAUUCUCCUUCGCACGUGAAAGUCUGCUUGUUGGAGCCCAGUCACGGGCUCUUGUUGCUCAGCUUCACGAAGGAGUCGCCUGAAAUCCCCAAAGGACGUCAGAUUUUCAGUUUCCUGCAACUUGAACAGUGUCACUGUGCAGCUGGCUGGGUUUUUCCUCACCACACUUAUUCCAUUUAAACUGAUAGUUUUAACUUCUGGUGUUCGAGUAUCUCACUUUGAGAGUUUUUUUUUUUUUUUUAUGUGAGUUCAGCUCACUGACAGGAAAGGAUGUGGACUUUCCAGUAUCAGGUUAUUAAUGAGUAUUUGAUCGUAAACUUGUUUUGUUUGAUCCUGAAACUUGUAUGAGUUUUGUAGAUAUCACUUUUUUUAUUUUAUUUUAUCAAACUAUUUAUGAAUGAUGUGCUCGGUGUCUUGUAAUUUGAAUCCUCACAGGUUCUGCUGAUACUUUUGCAUAGUAAAAUGGUAGUCAAAUAAGUUAUGUCCAAAUGGUUACGUUUGACAUGUAAAGAAAUA